AGCAAGGCCAGCAGAAGAAGAAGAGGAACUGAGUAGAGAGAGUGACAGGAUAGCAGUCAGCAGAGAGACAGCAGUACAGCGGGAGGCGUGUGAGGCUUAAUUAAGAGGAAACACCAGACGGGAACAGGUAACCAGACUCUCCAUAGCCCCGUAAAUUAGUACAGCGUUAGCAAGAUGAGUAUCCAGUGGACUUUGAUUGCCGGGGUGAUGUACGUCGAGCUGGCGGCCACGAUUCUCCUGCUCAUCCCCGUCAUCUCCCCCAGCAGAUGGCACCAAAUCUUCAAGUCCAGAUUUCUGCGCAGCAUCGGGAACAUGUCUCACAUUUACUUCAAGAUGUUCCUGCUGUUGUUGACACUGUUCUUUUUAGAUGCUAUCAGAGAGAUGCGGAAGUACAGUGCAGAGCUAUCAGACGAGGGCCGGGGAGACCACGGACACCACCUGGAUGCUGAAAUGCAGGCCCAUAUGAGACUCUUCCGGGCUCAGCGUAACUUCUACAUAUCUGGGUUCUCUCUCUUCCUCUGGGUAGUGCUCCAGCGUCUAGCCACCCUCAUAUCUCGGCUGGCUGUGUCCUUAGCUGACGGAGAGGCCGCUUUGAAGCAGGCCAAGAGUGCUUCUGAUGCCGCUGCUCAGCUGUUGAAGCAGGAGAAGGUUGAGCAGGAGGAAGACCAGCAGAAGGAGGCUAAUGUGUCCAAUGAGAUCAAGGAGCUGAAGGAAGAAAAAAAACGCUUGGAGGCUGAGCGAGAUGCAGCCUUGAAGCAAGCCUCUGCCGUGAGCCGGGAGUACGAUCGCCUCAUGGACGAACACGCUGACAUACAGGCCAAGCUGAAGAAGGCGGAAGGUGCAGGAGAGUCCAAGAAGGAUGACUAGACGCCUUGCUCAGUUUCAAGAUACAACACAGAAGAUCCUCGCCAAGCACAUACAGUCCUCCCUCAAAUAGUACAGUUUCCAAUAGUCUGGUUUUGGUUUUACGUGGAUUUUCGAAGAUUUUUUAGGAUUUUAAAGUUUCCCGACGAGCAGGAAAUUUCGAAAUCCUAAAAGAUCUACCAUGGCAAUCCGUAUAGAACCGGAACUGAGCUAUCGGAAACUGUGCUAUUUGAGAGAUGGCAGUAACAGUUUCCAAUAGUCUGGUUUUGGUUUUACGUGGAUUUUCGAAGAUUUUUUAGGAUUUUAAAAUUUCGAAAUCCUAAAAGAUCUACCAUGGCAAUCCGUAUAGAACCGGAACUGAGCUAUCGGAAACUGUGCUAUUUGAGAGAUGGCAGUAACGCAACAGCUUCGUGAGACCAAGACGGCUUUGCAGACUUGUAACGCAGCGGGAUGAAGUUCGCCUUUGUUACCCCUGAAUGGAACAGUUUUGUUAGUUAUUAUCCAGAUACAACUUUGCUUCCUUCGCUUCACCGUCACUUUUGAGAGCAAAUGAGACUCUGGCCGAGAGAUUCACAGGCACAGUUUUGUUAGGUUAGGUAUUUUGGGACCCUGAGAAUUGAGUGACGCAGGUUCUCGGUUGUCUCUGUGUGUAUAUGUUAGGUUUGUGAGACACUCUACCACAUCAACGCACUACAUUUUGACCACCCAGGUACCUAUGCUGGGCCGCCUCACCACCCACACCGCAUAUCCUGAUGUAAGAGUCACCUCCCCAAGGCUAAGAUAUACAGUCGACCCUCAAAUAGUACAGUUUCCAAUAGCUCGGUUUCGGUUCUAUAUGGAUUGUUGUGGAAGACCUUUUAGGAUUUUAAAAUUUCCAUCUUGUCGGGAUAUUUAAAAAUCCUAACAAAAUCUUAAAAUCCACAUAAAACCAAAACUGUACAAUUUGAGGGAUGACUGCAUUAGGCUGUGAAAUAAUUUUAACACCCUAGAAAAACAGUAUCUAUGUAAAACUCCGUGCCCCAAAAUUUGGCCUAAGAACCACUGGAAUAACUUACCUUUACAUGAGUUACCGCACAUGAGGUCUGAGUGGUUGAAGAACAUAAGAACGUAAGGAGUCUGCAGGAGGCUGGUUGGGCUAUACAAGGCAGCUCCUGUUCACUCGACCCCACCUUACCUCACCAUCCAUGGCCUUAUCUAACCUCUUCUUGAAUGUAUCUAUGGUAUUGGCACCCACAACAUGGCCCCCAAGCCUGCUCCAUUCUCUAUGACACUGGUAGGGGUCUGUAUCUUCAGCCCACCGAAGAUACCAGUGGGCUCAAGGUUGGUGGGUUAAUACAUGAUGCCCUUCAGCCCACCGGUAUCCUCAGCCCACCGAAGAUACCAGUGGGCUUAAGGUUGGUGGGUUAAUACAUGAUGCCCUUCAGCCCACCGGUAUCCUCAGCCCACCGAAGAUACCAGUGGGCUCAAGGUUGGUGGGUUAAUACAUGAUGCCCUUCAGCCCACCGGUAUCCUCAGCCCACCGAAGAUACCAGUGGGCUUAAGGUCGCUGGCGCCUCGUGUAUUAAUUUCAUCAGGGGAGGCUUUCUCGGUGCCAGGGAGUGUUGGGAGUUGUGCCAAGAGAAUGGAACUAUAACUUCAUUUAUUUAUUUUUUUCUACGUCUAAGCCUAUCGCACCAGUAGGCUUCCUUGAGGGGCCUGGAUGGUAGUCGGCCCCAUCUCGUAUUGGUGCGGGCAGGUGUUUAUAGUGGCGCCAUCAUCUCUUGUCACAUAAUAAGUCGAGGAGCACAAGGUAUUGCAUCAAAAUAAAAAGAUUAACAGUUAUUUGCAUUGUUUUAUGAAAGGAAAAUCCACUUGUUGAAAUGGAUACUGUUUUAUCAGGUCAUAACGUAAACAAAAACAAUGAUUACACAAAUGGCUCAACAAAUCUGUGUUUCAUUGAUUGCAAAGUUUACUGUCGAGCAACAUUGCCAGACUCGUAAUCAGUUUCUCAUAUUUCCUGAUUUCCAACCCAAAAGCUGUCUCCUGUGCCCUAUAACUCCCUUUUUAUGUUGUUAUGGUUGAAAUGGUUAAUUAUACUUGUUUCCUGGUGAUAUUUAAAGGGUGAGAAGCAGGGAUGGGUGACGCUCCGAGUACGAUAACCUGGCAACGGUGCUGUACAGGGAAAUAUUGUAGUUACUUAAGGAGUUUACUGGAUGUGCGUACAGCUGACAGGCCAGGCAGUGGGGUCUUGAGUGUGGGGUUGUAUUGGUUUGUGAUAUCCCUGUGGAGUGAUGUAUUUGUACUUAUAUUCAGUAUGUUUUCAUAUACAAUACAUGAUGAUUAUGUUGAGUUUAUGGCUGAAAACUUGUUAUAUUCAAUAGCGACAUUUGAAAUUUGGCGCGCACGGCAAUCUCGGAUACGGCGCGGGGCACUGUUUUGGCCCGGCCGUAGUAAGUUUCUUUAUGUGCAUCAUUUAAUUCAGCAUGUUUUCAUAUAUAAUACAUGAUGAUUAUGUUGAGUUUAUGGCUGAAAACUUGUUAUAUUCAAUAGCGACAUUUGAAAUUUGGCACGCACGGCGAUCUCGGAUACGGCACGGAGCACUGUUUUGGGCCACCCGUAGUGAGUUUCUUUAAGUGCAUCAUUUAAUUCAGCAUGUUUUCAUAUACAAUACAUGAUGAUUAUGUUGAGUUUAUGGCUGAAAACUUGUUAUAUUCAAUAGCGACAUUUGAAAUUUGGCACGCACGGCGAUCUCGGAUACGGCGCGGGGCACUGUUUUGGCUCGGCCGUAGUGAAGGGGUUAAAGAGUUGUUUCAAAAUGUCGACUUUUACGUGGGUGUGUACGGCAGAUGUGUAAAGCAAUCACUCUGAGGGAUUGGGCGAGGCAUAAAAAUUAAUAUUAACAAGUUCAUUUUUAUCAGUCUUUGUUAUGAGGAAGCAGCUCUCUCUCGCUCAUCUUACAUGCAUAUUUGAUGACAUUGCAUUUGACGGGAAGGUGGGAUUGUGACCACACCUCGGCCUAACAAAAAGUGCUCAUGUUUCGUGGGACAGCAACCCCAAUCCCAAUGUACUGCUGUUGUGCUGGGAUACACUUCAUAUCCCACACAUCCCACUGGUGCCAAGGAGGGCUUUGUGUGUGAUGCUUACUUCUCUGAGCAACUCCCGUCUCUGGGGAUGAUCAGACACACGGACAGACUUUCGUGGAGGCUGUCCAAACCAAGUUAUUGACAUGUGUCGGACUCCUGAAUGAGAGAAGUUCAUGAAGUCCAGAAUGUGUACAGAGGAAGGAAGGAAGGCUGUGUUACUGGGUCAGGGUGUUGAUGAGCAAAAUAACAUUGAACUGCAAAGGUUAAGCGUAAAGGAUAUUGCCCAAAAGUGACGGCUUGUAUUGACAUUUUUGCUGACCUAAUAUUUGAAUACCAUUACUUGUUUGUCUUGUGUUUUGUGAUUAUAAAGACUAUUAUUAGUUUCCCUGCGUUGUUCCUCCUCCAUAACAGUUUCUCUCGUUGCAUUAAUGACUCAUAAGGUUUUGUGCUGGAUUGUUUGAUAAUAAAUUUAAAAAGUU